AAUGCACACUGCAGAUAAAAACCGACGCCACGCUCUUAUACCGACUCGGGUGGUGCAUGCAAAAGCUGGAGGUAAGUUAUCUACAUAUACAGUAAUGUCCUACACGUCUAGUUCCCAAUAUAUAUAAUUUAGCAUAUGUAUUCAUGUUUAUUUUCAUAUGCACGUUACAGUAACGCCUCGAGCGGUCACUAUUUUUCAAGUCUUCAUCAAAUGAAAAAUAGUGCUCCCACUGUUGAUAUUAUUUCGGACAACCGGGAUGAGGAACCAGUGGCACCAUCAUCUGCCGUUGGAACCUUCGACUCAGAUGCACAACAAUUGUCCGAUAAACAACAGAAGCCGAUGAUUACUGACCCUUCCGAGUCUCAGGAAUGUUCAGACGAGCAUAAGCCAUCCUCAUCACGUUUAAGUCGACAUCGUUCCCGCAAUGUUCCUAAAAAUGACAGAUCACGUGACAGAGCACCAUCCCGUACAAUUGAGGAAAUCAAAUCUACUGAAGAUGGGGAGUCAAUACUUGCGCACAUAGAGGAACGAAUACAACAAGCACAUAGAGAAUUUGUAGCUCGCAAAAACAGAAAACGAAAAUUGAAAUCCUCGUAUGAUCAAUUGAAAACUAGCUACCUCAAGAACAAAGAAAACACAUCAAAUAUCCAAACGGGCGUCCCACAAACCGGACCAACUCGUACCAGAAAGUAUAGUGUUCCGAUAGCCUCAGCUGAAGAUAUUUUAAAAGUGAAGAAUGAACGACCAACUGAAAAUAAGAAAGAACGGAAACCGUGCAUUUGCAGAAAUUGUAAUGACCCAAACGACACAAGGGGAAAUAAGAAGAGGAAGAUUGCAGAACACCCUUGCCCGGAAUGUUCCAAAUCAUUCAAAUGUCCCGCAGAUCUUAGCAGGCAUAUGCUAGUACACUCGGGCCAGAGGCCAUAUACAUGUGGUUACCCAGAUUGUGGACGAAGUUUUAAAAGACGCAGCCAUCUGAGCCAUCACGAACGACGUCAUGAGGGCAUUGUUCCUCCCAGCCACGUAUCCAUAGGCAGUGUGACCCCCGUUGGGACCAUGAUAUUGGCCCCUGAUGCUAAAGGUCAUGUGGUACGAAGACCACUGACGGAACAAGACAAAAAAGAUGACGAUCUGUUCCGCGUGUUUUUUGUCCCAGCAAAAUACGAAGGCGAUUAUGUUGCAAAAAGCAUACACUUUACUAAAUAUGCACGACUCAACCGUGCAGCAAGUCAAGUCAAAUCCAACACGACAAGAGACAAGUCUCUAGUAAAUCUAAAGUCAAAAACGGCUUGCACACCAAGACAUGCAGUCGAUAAUGGAGUUGAGUUGGAUACCGACAACGCGGUUGCCUUUUCUGUAAUAUUCAAAACGUUUAAACUGGUUGAUUGGGCAAAAGCUUAUCAUCGCCUCCGUUUGGAUUCUUUGGGUAAUCGAUCCAACCUCGACGCGAUAUCUUUAUUCCGCCCUUGGAUUGAAUAUUUGGAAGAAGCAAUAAAACAGCAGGUGCAUUUGCUCGACGUGACUGCAGCCGCCAUGGUGAGAACCGGGAUAUUCCCAGACGCCUUUAAAGAAGAAGGUCAAGUGCAGGCCACCAGAACCACAUCUCUUUAUUCCAUCGUUCAUGGACCCGUGUAUAAUUAGCAUAGAUAGUAAAUAUAUGAACUGAUGUACCUACUAUGUCUAACUCAAUUUAAUAUUAAAUAAAUAUUACUGUUCAACUCUGAAGUUUCUUAAAGAUGGCUGACAAGUUUUCAGUGAAAACUGACUAUUUUACCAAUACAUGCAUGGAUAUCGACGAAAAGAAGGGCACUACCUGAAUAAAACAAAAUGGACUGUAAUAUAAGGUUUAAUAAUUGACAAGAAGGGGCGUCCAAUCUUAAUAAUCGUCAACGCUCAAGACCUCACUCUCACUCUUCCUCGGAAAUGUAAUCCUGUGAAAAAUAGUCAAAACAACUACCUACAACAAUAAUGCGAUGAUUCGUCAAUUUCCACAAAUGUUGUCACGUACACACAUAUUAGGCAGUUUGCAUAAUUGUUUCCGUGGACAUUUUCCGUGGCGUAGAAACGUAGGUUUUGUUACGUUUUUACGUUACGUUGGAUCAGUUUGCACUCCCGUACCUAUAGCCGUAACGUGAAAAUAUUUUUUUUUCAUACGUUGCACGGUUACGGAAUUAUAGUUUGCGAUUUGAUAAAUAAAUAUCCGUAGUUAUAUUUUCGUCUAAUUCUUGCUCUGCUUCAUGAAUAUUUUUAUGAGCGAUACAAGUUCCGUAUUGAAUAUGUAUCACUUUACUUUAAAAGAUUUGAAAAGUUUGUUUCUUCGAGGCGUUAUUUCCUUCCCGGAUUAUGUUAAAUUUAAUAAAUUAAGAGCCUAUCAUGUCAGAAGAAACUUCAGAAUCCUGCCAACUAUCAACUUGACGAGGAUGAGCGAUCUGGAUUGUGAAAUCAACUUCAGAUUUACACAACACGAGAUCCGACGACUUCUGGUCUCACUGCGCAUACCAAGGAAAUGCACUUUACCAAGUGGUCACAAAUUCAGCGGACUUGAAGGCUUACUGAUCUUGUUGAGACGCUUAUGUUACCCCAACCGCUUGCAUGAUCUUGAGAAAAGUUUUAACAGAGAUAAGACCCUUCUCUCGAGAAUAGCAAACUGGAUGACGGAAUAUAUACAUGGACAAUUCUCUCACCUUCUGAGAUCACUCGAUAGUCAUAAUUGGCUAACUCCAAUUAAACUACAAGAAUUCGCUGAUAUGGCACCGCACGACCAAUAUGCCGACCCAGUGUCAACCAACGCCUUGUCUAUAGUGGCUAUUAUAAGACACACACCUUAAAGUACCAAUCCAUAAUGCUACCGAACGGAAUAAUUGGGAGGCUCGAUGGACCAUAUAAUGGAAGAAGACACGAUUCAGCUGUCCUAGGUCUCAAUGGUCUGGUACAAGAACUUGGACGAAAAUUUGUUCAGAUUGACGGCUCGUGGUACACCUUGUACGGAGACCCCGGCUAUGCCAAUCAAAAAUUUAUCAAAAUUGGUUACAAAAAUAAUGCCCGGAAUCCUCUUACACCACAACAGAAAAGUUUCAACAGAGACAUGUCAGCAUUGAGUGUCGUCGAGAAAUGAUAUUUUAUUUAUGACCGCAUUUGAAUGAUUUUAACAUGAUAAUGGAUUUUAUGUAAUGACUUGAUAAUUUUAUGAAUAUGACUUUGCAUGGAAAAUGAUGAUGAUUUGUACAUGUAUUUCUGUGUGAGGUAUUGUGAAACCCCGGCAAGGAUGCAAAUUUUAGUUUUACUGUCGCCCUUCUGGCUGCCACUAAUUGGAUUUUCUGUCCAAUUUUUAUCUUUUAAUUUGACUACUUGACCCUAGUAACCUCGUGUAACCUUUCUUUUAAUUGGUCAAGUUAUUUCUCUUUUGUACUCCCAUUUUUGUGUGUUGUUCCAUUGUGAUUGGUGAAAGGGGAAAGUGGGGAGUUUUUUGUGUGAUGGCCACUCGGCCGAAUAUAUGUGAACUUGGUAAAAUAAUUGACAGUGACACGACGACGGAGGAAAGACAAGCACCUCAACAAUAUUGUCCUCUCGUCCCAUGAAUUGUAACUCUCUCUCUAAUCCUCUAAAUUUGUAAAAGUAUAAGAUUUGCUGACAUUAAAUAACAUAAAACUACAUCGUUUGUGACCACCGCCUGCCCCUUAUUUUCACGGUCACAGUCACCAUAAAACACGAGAAAAAGCAGUCAAUCUUUUACAUUGAGAGUUCAUGUGGAAUACGGAUUCGGCAAAGUUAUCCAAUUAUUCGCGUUCUUGGAUUACAAGAAAAAUCAGAAACUCUUACUUCAAUGCGUCAGGAAACAAUAUGAUGUUGCUGUGAUUCUUUCGAAUUGUCAUACGUGUCUAAGAGGAAGUCAAGUAACAAAAUACUUCGCGUGCCAACCACCAGAACUUGAAGAAUAUCUUCGCUGAUAAAGUUUAUUUGUUUAUGAAACUUGAGUGUAAAAGACAGGUGGAUAUUUUUGAGAAAUUGGUAGUACAAUUGUUAGUUUGGUUCAGCAAUUAAAACAUAAAUAUUAA